GGGCACUGGGUCAUCAGGCAUUGGAUCGUCUGGCUCGACAGCAGGCAUCGAGUCACCAGGCAUGACAGCGGGCACCGGGUCAUCAGGCAUUGGAUCGUCUGGCUCGACAGCGGGCAUUGGGUCACUAGGUAUGACAACGGGCACUGGGUCAUCAGGUGUGAUAGGAUCAUCAGGCUGGGUACAGACAUCAGGCUGGGUACAGACAUCAGGCUGGGUACAGACAUCAGGCUGAAGUGCGGGUGCCGAGGCACCAGGCUGAACCACGGAAGGCAGGUUCUCAGACGGCAGGCUCACCGGUUUGGAUACUGGCAGGAUGGUACUGGUUGGAAGGAAUUUUCGCUUUUUUCUGGUUUUAACUACUGGG